AUAAAAUAUUAAAUAAGGAAGAUAGAGUUGGAAUGACCAUCCACUUCUUUUGCAAAUGGAUUUCUGCAUUAAAGAAAUCCAAUCCAGUGAAUGAUUUGUUUCUUCUGGUUUCCAGGCAUCAAUGAUUUCACUACAAUACAAAAUCAUCCAGGUCAAGAGAAUCUAUGAGUUCAGUAACGACUCGGUGAGAAUCAAUCAACGAGUUGAGCACAUCAUCGGAGAUUGUGUUGGAUUGUGAAAUCAGUGCAUAUGAUUUUGGAUAUCUGGUAAGAUUCCGACGCCCUCGCUGGAGGUGAUAACGGCGACACUGGUACAAACUGCCGGCGACGUUUUCUUUGGUUUACCAUGUUUCGGCAUGUAGGAAUAUGAUAACCCUAAGUCCUAACAGGUCCCUUGAAUAGUCAAAAGUCAUUUACCGGUUGUUGCCUGUUGCGUCAAUUUUGCCUUUACGCGUCUCAACUUACUAGACUUAUUAUUCCAUCUUUCAGUCCACAUGGAGUGCCGUUGAAGAAAUUACCGUCCUCUAACGCUCCGUCUCUUUGAAUCUUCCUAUGCAGUAGCCCUUCGUCCGUUGGAUCGAAUAACGUGAUUUCCCAAUAAAGCACAAAUCGAAAGGGAAAAAAGCUGGAAGAAGUAACUUCUGGAGGAGGCUUUGUUUGAAUUGAAGCUUUCCCAAAUAAAAUCACAAGUUACAAUCAGACGGAACCCCUAAUUUGUUAUCUCUCAGUUCCUUCACAAUUAGUGCUUCUUGAGGAGCAUCUGUUGCUCAGAGGCGCUUCUCUGCAACUCAAGGUCUGUGGAGUUGGCGAACCGUAGUCAGGAUGAGCCCACCUAUCAACUUGUCUCUAGAAUAAAGACUAGCAUCACACAUAUCGUUCUGUUUAUUGUUUGUAGUGUUGAAGGACAUAUGGACAGCAGUGGUGGCAGAAAUGAGCCUGAUUGGAUUGAAAGAGUGAAGUCAGGGGGUUCGGUUCCAUUACUUGGACCAGAUAUUUGCUCAUAUGGGUGGAUGUCACCGCCUGGAGAAAAAUUCAUGGUAAGAGGUCCCGAAUACUUGUCAACCAGGAAUAAAAUCCCUGGUGGUGAAUAUCUUCUGAAGCCUCUUGGUUUUGAUUGGGUUAAAGGCUCUGUAAAGAUUGGGGAUGUCUUGAAUCAUCCAAACAGCCGUGUCAGGAAGGUCCUUGAGGAGGAGUUUCCAACUGGUGAUAAGCCUUUUGUAUGGGCUUUCAAUCUACAAGUCCCAAGCAAGGAUAACUAUAGUGCUAUAGCUUAUUUCAUAGCAACCAAGCCUAUUCAGGAGGGAUCCUUGGUGGAUCAGUUCUUAAAAGGGGAUGAUGCUUUUAGGAAUUCUCGUAUGAAGUUGAUUGCCAACAUUGUCAAGGGCCCUUGGAUUGUGAGAAAAGCAGUUGGGGAGCAGGCCAUAUGCAUAAUUGGUCGUGCUCUUUCCUGUAAAUAUUGUGUUACAUACAAUGCUUUUGAAGUAGAUGUAGAUAUUGGAUCAUCCAUGGUUGCAGCAGCAAUUGUUCAUCUAGCAUUUGGUUACGUCACGACACUGACAGUAGACAUAGCUUUUCUUAUCGAGGGCCAAACGGAAUCAGAGCUUCCAGAACAAAUCCUGGGAGCUGUCAGAUUCUCUGAAUUGAACCCUGCUUCUGCUUCCUCAAUUGAACAAUCAUCAGAUGAUAGUGCUGGUAACUUGCAGUCUUUGUUGCCAACACGUUUUUGGAAGUCAAUUGGACAAGGCUUCUCUCAAUAUUUCCAUCCGGGUGCUCAAGAAGGCGGUUCUAACUCUGGCUCAGCCCAUGCCAAUGGAGGAGUUGAUCAUGAAAAUAGAAAUGGAGGAGUUGAUGAUGGAGGUAGAAAUGAAGAUAUAAAGAAAUGGUAAGUGUUUUGCAAUGUGACUACCUUGUAAGUUGCUAAAAAAUGCGGGUUGAAAUUCAUGUUUUCCUGUAAGAAUCAAAAUUUGACAUCAGUUUGCUUCCAGCGUUAGAAGACCUUUACAAUUUGGGUUGCUAAUUUGUUAGGUGUACAAAAUGUGGCGUCCUUUUCCCAGAAAAUUGUCUUUUUUGGCAUAAAGUAAAUAUUGCAUUCUUCUUUAACAUCUUUAGGAUAGUAUUUCUUCAUCACUCUAUCAAACAUUGCUCUUUCUUUGCUUACUUGGAGGCUACGGCAUACUUUAGGGUUUAGGCCCCUGGAAUCUGCUCUCCGUGGGCUGAAGAGUCGGUGUGUAUAUCUCUGAUAAUUUCUUAUAAAAUAUUGGAUUAACCUAAUUUACGUGGUGGUGCCUCAAGGUUUGCAACAAUUACUUCUUAAAUGUGUAUAUUCGUUGACCUUGACGUAGUCAGAAGUUUUACAGAUAACGUGACUGGAUCACAUUAUUACUUAUGGAUACUAAACCUUUGAUAUUUUGCAAGAAAAUCCUCCUUUGCUUAUUGCUG